AUGCCAUCGAAGCGCAAAGCAGAAAACUUCGACCCAAACAAGUCGGACUCCAACGACACAGAUUUCGAUCCUACAGAGACCAGAGCACCCCCAAAGAAAUCCAGGAAAUCUGCAGGUCACAGGAAGGGGUCAAGCCGUCCAGCGAAACGAGCGAGAUACCGAGGGUCGGACGUCAGCGAGGACGACCUGGACGACGACGAUUUGUCGGUCUCGGAGGAAAGCGAGGAAGAGGAAGAUUUCGAGAUGAAUGAGAAAACAGGAAGAAGGGUGCGGAAAGCGGCGAAGAAGGAAGUAAACUAUGAGGAUCCUUCCGAAUCCGAGGUCGAUGAUUUGGACGCGAGUGACUCGGAAGAGGUGAAAGUCACGAAGACGAAGUCACCGAAGAAGCGCGCAAAACCCGUGUUUGAUGACGAUAAUGAUGAUGAUGAUGAUGACGACGAUGAAGAAGGAAAAGUUGUAACAACUCCGUCGCGGAAUCGAAAGUCGAAGAUCAUCAAACUAAAAAUCAAUACACCAGCGCUCGGCCGCUCAACUCGUGCUGGCAGUGCGCUUCGUAGCGCGGCAAGCACACGACCAAGAAGAGGCAGCACUGCAGAACCUAGAUCUGCCGGGAUACCUGUUCGAAGAGCAACUCGAGCGACAUCCGAAGCCUUGGGCGAAGAGCCUAUAGCGCUUUCCGAAUCGGGUCGACAUGUUAUUCGACAAGGUCAAUCUCCAGAGCCCAUAGGUAGAAGAGCCGAUCGCGGUGGAAAGGGCGUAAAGAAGCCAGCAUCUACCAUUAAAGAAGAGUUGCACGAAUCAACUUCACACGAAGAACAGGACGAGGAUAUCACAAUGGCUACUGAAGUCCCUGGCACUGACGAGCGCGAAGGACAUAACGAUCCCGAUGCACAAGAAGACAUCGAAGAUAAACAAGACGCGGUUGGCGAAACCGAGGAGGGUGCUGCACAACCAGCUGUAGUGGAUGAAGACGACGAUGAAGACGAAGACGAAGACAUUCCAAUAACGCGACGAAGAGGAUCGCGGCCAGCGCUGGUUGUCUCUGACCUACCAGCCGAAGAAGAAGCGGAUGAGACGAAAGCACAAUCUGCAGGUGGUUCCCGGCGGUUGAGAAACAGAUCGCGAAAGAACCAGUCACAGAGAAAGCCAACAGAUGCAAGCAGUGAUUUUGAGCCCGUUGAAGAGUCUGCUGACGAGCUUUCCGCUUCCGACCCAGGAGCGAAAGGGAAUAAAGAAGAGGACUAUGAGUCGGGGUCGCAGCGUCGGGGCAGGCGUGGCGUGCAGGCAAAAUCGAAAAGCACAUCUAGAAGACGCAGCCCAGACUCGAAUCCCGAAGAGCUUGACGAGGAUGAACUAGCUGAAGAACUUUAUGACCUCAAAGCAGGUUCUCGACGACGCCGUCCAAGAGUAUCAGAGCCAGGUAUCGUUUAUGAAAAGUCAACAACUCGCACAAGAAAGCCAGUCGACUACAGUAUCAAGCCCAUGGAUCAGAUAUAUGCUAUGGACGAAGAUGGAGAGGAGGCGGCCCCAACACCAACUCGUAGAGCAAAAGGUGGACGGAGUGGUGCCAGCCAACCUUGGGAGAGAAAUCUAUAUUCGACUCUUGGUCCGUUUGGAGGCGGAGGUGGUCCUCCUGCAGUUAUUGGUGGUCCUUGGGGUACUGGCGCAGCUGGCGGUGUUGACUCUGAUAGCAGUGAUGACGAGAAUAUGGCUCGACCGGUAGGAGUUGGCGGAGCCCUUGGAAUGACACCCACAUCCGCUAUGCCUUCUGGUUUGCUUCCUGGCAUGGGGCAGACAAACAUGGACCCUACUGGCGCACUUUCUGGAACACCCUCUGCCCUGGGCAAAGUUGGGAGCCGCAAAGCGUUGGCUGACGCGGAUCCCUUGGGCGUUGAUCAGAAUGUCGACUUCACCAAGGUUGGUGGACUGGAUGCUCAUAUUGACAAGCUCAAGGAGAUGAUUCAGAUGCCCCUCCUCUACCCCGAGCUCUUCUUAAAAUUUCACAUUGUACCGCCUCGUGGUGUGCUGUUUUACGGUCCACCUGGUACUGGUAAAACCCUUCUGGCACGAGCCUUAGCCGCACAGGUUGGCUCCGGAUCUCGCAAAGUCACGUUCUACAUGCGCAAAGGUGCCGAUGCAUUGAGCAAGUGGGUCGGUGAGGCCGAAAGACAACUUCGACUUCUCUUUGAGGAAGCGAGGAAAACCCAGCCAAGUAUCAUUUUUUUCGAUGAGAUUGAUGGUCUCGCCCCUGUUCGUUCCAGUAAACAAGAACAGAUUCAUGCUUCUAUAGUCUCAACGCUACUAGCUCUCAUGGAUGGUAUGGAUGGUCGAGGCCAGGUCAUUGUUAUCGGUGCUACAAAUAGGCCUGACAAUAUAGACCCAGCUCUACGCCGACCUGGUCGCUUUGACAGAGAGUUUUACUUUCCUCUACCAGAUGUAGAAGCUCGAAAGUCAAUUGUCAAUAUCAAUACACGCGAUUGGGGCCUCGACGAUCAGUUCAAGAACAGCAUUGCUGAGAGAACAAAAGGCUAUGGAGGCGCAGACCUGCGUGCUUUGUGUACCGAGGCAGCGCUGAACGCCGUUCAACGUACAUAUCCUCAAAUCUACGGAUCUAAUGACAAGCUCAUCGUUAACCCGGACAAGGUCAAGAUUACUGCCAAGGACUUUAUGAUCUCCAUCAAGAACAUGAUACCAUCCUCUGAGCGAUCAGCUUCUUCAGGAGCAACCCCUUUGCCUAAAGUAGUAGAGCCUCUCCUUCGUGAUGAGCUAAAACGACUUGAGAAAUUUGUCGAUGAACUAAUUCCAAUAAAAAAGAAAACAACCGCACUCCAGGAAGCGAUGUAUGAGCAAUAUGAUGAUCCUGAUCAAGGAUUUCGACGAGAGACCAUGGAACAAGAAUUCGAGAGAUCUAGAGUCUUCCGGCCACGAAUAUUGAUUUGCGGUGAACCCGGCAUGGGCCAGAACUACCUUGGCGCAGCUCUCCUCAACCACUUCGAGGGGCUUCAUGUUCAGAAUUUCGAUCUCCCCACAAUCUUUAGUGAUUCUGGUCGGAGCCCUGAACAGGCCCUCGUACAGCUCUUCGCCGAGGUCAGACGUCACAAGCCUAGCGUUGUUUAUCUUCCUAACGCAGAGACGUGGUGGCAUACUCUCACUCUUGCGCAGACUGACACCUUUGUGAGCAUGCUCAAAGCGAUUCCGCCUACGGAUCCUGUGCUUGUUGAGAGUCGCGAAGCUUUUUUCUCCAACAUCCUUGAAUAUGUUAGGUUAACUCCUAACGACUUCCCCCAGCCGGCAAACCGAAAGAAGAGGAAGCUUGAAGUCUUACAAAUUGCCCCUCCGCCCGAGGUAAAGCCGCCAACCAAGGAGGAGAUUAAAGCGCAACUGAAGAAAGAUCGCCAGCUACUCAACCUCCUUAAGAUCCAGAUCCAGCCAAUCAUGGAUCAGAUACAGAAAAAGUAUAGAAAAUUCCGUACACCUGCCAUCCUUCAGUCUCAGAUUCAGUACAUCCUGGACGAAAUGGAUCCCAAUCAUGUGCGCUCUGAUACUGUCGGGUUCAGACCAUAUGAGAUUGAUACAGACAAAGACGGCGUCAAGGGACUGCGAGAAACAGCAAGUCAGAAGUUCUUCUAUAAUCUGGAAACCACAACGAUCGAGGAGCGAUUAUCCAACGGCUUCUACGCUCGACCAAAGGAUUUCUUACACGACAUCAGGACGCUUGCAAAAGAUGCCAAGCAUAUGGGCGACAAGGAGCGCUUGUUGAGGGCUAAUGAACUUGUGUCUAAUGUGGAGGUCGAUAUGAUGGGGAUCGAAGUGAAUCCAAUCUUUGCAGACUGCGAGAAUGUCUAUAGACGACAGCUUCAGAGGACCAAAGAACAGGAAGAAAAAGAAAGGAAGCGUGCAGAGAAUCCGUUUGGUGGUGCUGUAGGUUCUGACAUGCCAAACACCGAGGUUUCGGAAGCCGGUCAGCCACCUCUCCUGCUAAGUGAUCCUGUCCCCAAAAGACAAGCCGUAUUCUCGACUUCUGUCCAUAAUUCCAGUAGUUUGUCGAAUGGCGUUUCUUCUGAUACGAACGGAUCUUCUGUACCUUCGCGAAAAAGCGACGAUGUGCAAAUGGGCGGCACCGACGAACAGUCCCAACCUACACAGGCCUCUCAUCCUAUGCAUCCACCAAGUCAACUACGGAACAUGAUGACUGCGAAUUUGUCUAACCCUGCGCCAACAUCGCAAAUCUCUCAAGUAUCCGCCUUCCAGGAGAUUCCACAUGGCACGUCACCAAGUGAUCUUGUGAAUGAUGCCUCGACGACAACCUCGGGCAAAAAGACAUCUACUGAUGGGUGGAGUACUCAAGCAACGAAUGGAAUCGGUCAUGGAGCUCAAUCUUCCAGUCCAAUCGAUAAGCCUGGUCAUGAUUCACAAUUACCAGAUACACAGACAAAUGCGUCACAAAGAUCAAGUCAGCAAGAUGCAUCAAACACUAGCAGUGAUGAACCAUGGCCACACUCUCAAGCUCACGGUCUUGCGCGUGGCAAUUUGCAAGGCAUGUCUCAGAAUACACCGAGUACCAACAGCCAGCACUCGAGUAACCCUGCUGUACCACAUUUCAAUGCUCCUAAUCGCUCGGCUUCGACAUCCAAACCAUCAGGAUUCGUCAAUCUUCUCAAUGACUCUCCUGUAGAUGAUGUUGUAUCCUCGCAAAUCUCGUCACAAGGCAACGAAUACAUCUCCGACUCCUACUUCAUCGACGUCUUGCUAGACCGAAUCGUUGCUGGCAGCAGUGGUUGCAGCGUCGAUCAAUUAGAACAGAUCAACCGCGAACUUAUGGAGGGUCUUUGGGAAAUGAGAGGCGAAUGGAAUCGUAAUGUCGUCGCAGCAAAGCUUGCUGAGAUCUUCAACGAGACGAUCAAGGAUAUCGAUUACAUGCAGGAGGUGCUGAAAGCUUCGCAGGCUACACAGGCUUCUCAGGCUGCUCAGCUUUCACAGGGAUCACAGCUUGGUCCUCUGCUGAAGUGA